UGGGGACAGCCUGAGGCCAGACAGGACCUGGCAGUGUCAGGAAGAGAUGUCACUCAGGCUCCCGGUGACCCUUGUCCUCGCUCAAGACUUGAUGUCCCAUUGCCCGAGCAUUGCUAAGGGUUGGCUCUGCGCUUUCGCUAUGGUUCGUGUAUUUAUUCUUAAAAUCUGACUUUAAGGUCCGGGGGAGGCAAGGAGAACUCACCCUGGCCAGCCUCAGUUGCAGCCUGGGCCCUUCCUGGGAGCUCAGGGUUCAGGUGCCUGGGGGACCUUGGGGCAGUGCCUCUGACACUGCUUCCCCCUUGCUGAGGGAAGGAAAAUCUAAUGCCUCCUGGGGGGUCUUGGAGGGGGUGGAGGGGAGUGGGUGGGUUCAGAUUCUUACAUCACUCCCAGACCCAUGUCUCAGCAUGGCCAUGGCUGGCUCCAUGCUCCACAUACACACCCAACAGUUUCCCAAAGUUGGUGUGACCAAGUGGCUGCCCAACAGGUCCCCUUGGGAUGUGGAAAGAAAAUAGGAGAAAUUUUAUAUCUCAUCCUUUGCAAAUGUAAUGUAGUCGUACGGUGUAGGAAUGAAUCUGUAUAGUAGUCUAGCCUAUAAUUUGUAAGUGGCUGCCCCUAUCUAUUUUGUGAAUGCACACUUGAAUCCUGCCUUUUACUGAAGAGGGUGUGUAAUCAGCAAAGUUUGGAGAGGAUUGUCCAGAGGGUAAAACUGCCAGCCCUUCACUGUUGAGUCUCCCCUAUCUCUCUGGCUUCAUUCUCGAAUAUCCCUCCCCUUUCUUCCUCCUCUCCUGAUGCUUCCACGGUGACAUCAUUGCUUCACCUCCACUCACCUUGCAGUUACUGGCAGAUGCUCCAUGCUUUCAUGUCAGUAGCUUCGGCAGCAUCUUCUGUCUGAGGGCUCCUCUGCCUUGCGCACUGCAAAUUCAGAUGCCCUUGCUCCUCUUUAGGCCCUUGCCCUGAUGCCUGCAACUCUGAAAGUGCCCUGUAGGCGCCUUGAAUAACUCCUGGGUCACUCUACUGCAGUCAUUGUACUUCACAGCACAUUUGUCUAGACUGGCAGCUCCUUGCAAGCAAGGCCCAGUCUCAUCAGAUCGACACUCCGAAUACGUGCUCAAUGCCACACUCCACGCCUUGACCCUACCGCUGGAGGGGAGAACCUGGGCCCAGCGAGCUUAAUCAGUCCUCACAAGGUCGCGGCCGCUGACCCACUAAUCAGCUUGAGCCUCCUAAUCCAUCCCCAGCAGGAACCGCAGGACAGACGGCAGUGGCUCCUGAGAGCUGGCUGGGGCCAUUUUGGCCCCUCGCCUGUGGCCUUCUGCAGACUUGGUCUGGGAGGGGAUGGGGCAGCUGCGCCAUGUGCACCACCCUUUUCCUGCUCAGCACCCUGGCCAUGCUCUGGCGCCGCCGAUUUGCCAACCGAGUCCAACCAGAGCCCAGCGACGUGGAUGGGGCAGCUAGGGGCAGCAGCGUGGACGCAGACCCUCAGUCCUCAGGCAGGGAGAAAGAACCUCUGAAGUAAGCCCUCACCUCUGCAGGUGGGGCUCAGGCCCAGAGACUGGGAUCAGCUGGCCCAGGCAGCUCAGGUCCUGGUUCGUCCCCUAGCCCAGGAGGAUGCUGUGGGAGCCGGAGCAGCAGCAAGAGGGAGAAUGGGGGGAAGCAGCACUAGAGAAGUCCUUCAGCUCCUACUUAAUGGAAGCCUUGCAGAUGCAAGAUGGCUCCAGCAGGCCCAGCAUCACUUCUUCACAGUGUCCCAAAGCCAGAAAAAAGGCUGUUGUUUUUAAAAGCAGGAAAACUUUCCCAAACUUGGCCAGAAUUGCAUCGGAGACCCUUUCCCAAAACAAUUUCCAGCGAAGGGAAUAGACUGACCAUGUCUGGUACAGAUGAAUGAAGAUUUGCCCCUGGGGGCUAGGGAGGGGCUUGCCCCUGCUGAAGCAGACCCUUGCCCAGCAGCUGAACAGAGCCUAGGUUCAUCAGAUGGAGGAAGAGACUGGCCGCUAACAGUGCCUGACAUACAGAUGUGCUUCCUGUGAUGCCGCUGCUGCCACCGUUCCAAAUGUAAGCAGUCAGCUGCUUGGGAUACUACCUACCUUCUUUUGUGUUCUUAUUAAUACAAUUAAAGAUUGCUUUCUGGGUAGAGAAAUUAACCUCAA